AUGGCGGUCCGCGCAGCUUUUGAGAACAGCAACGAGGUCGGCGUCUUUUCCACUCUGACAAACUCCUACGCCCUCGUAGCCGUCGGCGCAUCAGAGAACUUCUAUAGCGUCUUCGAAGCCGAACUCCAAGACGUCAUCCCCAUAACGCACUGCACCAUCGCCGGCACGCGCAUCGUCGGCCGCCUAACCGCCGGCAACAAAAAGGGCCUCCUCGUCCCGACCUCCACAACCGACCAAGAACUCCAACACCUCCGCAACAGCAUCCCCGACAGCGUCAAAAUCCAACGCAUCGAAGAGCGCCUCUCCGCCCUCGGCAACGUCAUCUGCGCCAACGACCACGUCGCCCUCGUGCACCCGGACCUCGAGCGCGAGUCGGAAGAAAUCAUCGCAGAUGUCCUGGGCGUGGAGGUCUUCCGACAGACGAUCGCGGAUAAUGUGCUCACGGGGAGCUACAUGGCGCUGAGCAAUCAGGGCGGCAUCGUGCAUCCGAAGACGAGCAUCCAGGACCAGGACGAGCUGUCGAGUCUGCUGCAGGUGCCCCUCGUGGCGGGGAGUGUGAAUCGGGGUAGUCCCGUGGUGGGCGCGGGCAUGGUGGUCAACGACUGGAUGGCGGUGACGGGGCUGGAUACGACGGCGACGGAGCUGAGUGUGGUGGAGAGUGUGUUCAAGCUGGGCGAGGGCAUGGGUCCUGGGGCGAUCAAUACGACGAACAAGGAGACUAUGGUUGAGUCGUUUUAUUAG